UUCUCCCCGACCAAGCGGCUCAGGGUCUGCUCCUGACACUGAUUCGUCUCCGCUCCUUCCCAGAAGCCAAGAUCGCUCAGGAGCGGAAGGAAACACUGGGUUCGGCGCUUCCGGCACUCAGGGUUCCAAUCCUGCCCCGGGUCGUGCUCGUUCCUUGACCUGUGCGUUUCCAGAUUCUUCCCCAGCCCUGCCUACUGAGGAAGGAUACCAAGGGAAAAGUAAAAUCUAAACAAACGAAAAAGGGAAGACUUCUCAGAGAAGCCCAAACCUUCAAGGUCCUUCCCACGGUAACCCAGCUCUUAAGCAUUUGUCAAACUUAGCUUCCUAGGUCCUUGAAACUAACCCUGGCUGCUCGCUUCCCUUCUGUAAACCCUGCACGUGAUUUGACACCUCCAGUGAGAGGUAAUAUGGUAAUUUGUCUACUUGUGAGUCCAGUGAAAGGACAGGGACAUAGCAGAUCCGGGAGCUCGGUCAUUCUGGAUUCUAAUCUACUCUGGUUCCACCAGCUAAAAUAAAAUCCCUUCCCCAUAAUCUUUGGUGAGAGUCUAUUGGUUUCAAUUGGCAGGUACUGCAACAUAGCGGCUCCCCCACGAGGACAGCCAAGGCGUGACCCCAGCCGAGCCGGGUUGUUUCCGGCCCCUGGGGCACAAGCAGUUUCUGAGCUGGCGGCUGGCGGGGGACCAGUUAGGCCUGUGAGUGGGCCCAGCGGGCGAACAAAGUUGAGGGUUUAAGGCUGGGUAGCAAGCACGCAGCGCGGCGCGGGGCACGUGGCCUAUGGACGGGACGGCAGCAGGGGGCGGGGCGUGUGGGGCACGUGGCCUAUGGGCGGGACGGCGGCAGGGGGCGGGGCGUGUGGGGCACGUGGCCUAUGGGCGGUGGUAGGGGGCGGAGCUUCGGGCACGCGGCCGUUGGGCGGCGAGGCGCAGGCGCAGGCGUGGUGGGCGGGCACUCAGCAGCGGCCUGAGCGACGCCAUGCGGCCGUUGGGCUGGUCUGCCACGGCUGCGGUGGCCGUGGGCCUCGCCCUGGCCCUGGAGGCGCUGCCCUGGGUGCUACGCCGGCUGCGGGCCGGGCGGCGGCGGCCGCGGCGCGAGGUGCUCUUCUUCCCGUCGCAAGUGACCUGCACCGAGGCGCUGCUGCAGGCCCCUGGCGCGCCGGCCGGCCCCCACACGGGCUGCCCCUGUAGCCUGCCCCACGGCGAGAGCUCGCUGAGCCGCCUGCUGCGCGCCCUGCUGGCAGCCCGCGCCAGCCUCGAGCUCUGCCUCUUCGCCUUCUCCAGCCCGCAGCUGGGCCGCGCCGUGCAGCUGUUGCACCAGCGCGGGGUGCGCGUGCGGGCCAUCACCGACUGUGACUACAUGGCGCUUAACGGCUCGCAGAUCGGCCUGCUGCGCAAGGCGGGUAGGUGGGCAGGGCGCAGGUGGGCUGGGCGCGGCCGGGCCAGCGGGCUGGGGACGGCCUCGCGAGGCCGGCGAUCCUCCGAGAGCGGCCUCCUGCCCGCGUCUCAGCUCCUGUUCCCAGCGAGGAGAAGGUGGGGGGAUCCCCAAGAGCGCGUGGCCUGUCCUGGCAAAGCCCCCUUCUUCCCUUCCAUUCUGAUGGCGACGUUGGGGACAGCGUAUGCCUGGGCAGCCGCGGCGGGCAGGGUUUUUGUGACCGUCGCAGUCCGAGGUAACGACGGUUUAGUUAAAAACUCUGCGUGCCACUCCGAGGUAGGCCCCAGAGACAACGCUCUGGUGACCUGGAGACUGCAGGGCUGGGGCACAAGAUGGGGAGGACAGACUUCCGUGGGGACAGACUGGGACAGGAAGUAUGGAUAACUCAGAUCCGCCUCCCGCCUGAGGACACC